CUGCUGCGGUGCUGCAGGUGUAAAGAUGGCGAUGAAGGCGCUCAGAGGGAUGGUGAACGGGGCCAUGAGCGAGCUGUCCUCGGCCGUCAGCGGGAACAAACCGCCGGCCGCCGCCCCGACCGCCGCCGCCUCCCGGGAGCACGUGAUGGCCGUGAGCCGGGAUUACAUCUCCCAGCCCCGCCUCACCUAUAAAACGGUGUCGGGGGUCAACGGGCCGCUGGUGAUCCUGGAUCAGGUGAAGUUUCCUCGAUACGCAGAGAUCGUCCAUCUCACGCUGCCGGACGGGACCAAGAGGAGCGGGCAGGUCCUGGAGGUCACCGGCUCCAAAGCUGUGGUGCAGGUGUUUGAGGGGACUUCAGGUAUCGAUGCCAAGAAGACGAGCUGCGAGUUCACAGGAGACAUCUUACGGACGCCCGUCUCUGAGGACAUGUUGGGCCGUGUGUUUAAUGGAUCUGGUAAACCCAUCGACAGGGGACCAUCAGUCCUGGCUGAAGACUUCCUGGACAUCAUGGGUCAGCCUAUAAACCCUCAGUGUCGGAUCUACCCCGAGGAGAUGAUCCAGACGGGAAUAUCAGCCAUCGACGGCAUGAACAGCAUCGCCAGAGGACAGAAAAUACCCAUCUUCUCUGCUGCGGGCCUGCCACACAACGAGAUCGCGGCUCAGAUCUGUCGGCAGGCCGGUUUGGUGAAGAAGUCCAAAGACGUGAUGGACUACAGCGAGGACAACUUCGCCAUCGUGUUUGCAGCCAUGGGGGUAAACAUGGAGACAGCCCGGUUCUUUAAGUCGGACUUUGAGGAGAACGGUUCCAUGGACAACGUCUGCUUGUUCCUCAACCUGGCCAACGACCCCACCAUCGAGCGAAUCAUCACACCCCGUUUGGCGCUGACUUCAGCAGAGUAUCUGGCCUAUCAGUGUGAGAAGCACGUCCUCGUCAUCCUCACCGACAUGAGCUCGUACGCCGAGGCUCUCCGAGAGGUGUCUGCAGCCAGGGAGGAAGUGCCGGGCCGGCGAGGUUUCCCCGGUUACAUGUACACGGAUUUGGCGACCAUCUACGAGCGAGCGGGCCGAGUGGAAGGACGUAACGGCUCCAUCACCCAGAUCCCCAUCCUCACCAUGCCCAACGACGACAUCACUCAUCCGAUCCCCGACCUGACGGGUUACAUCACCGAGGGACAGAUCUACGUGGACAGACAGCUCCACAACAGACAGAUCUAUCCUCCCAUCAACGUGCUGCCGUCUCUCUCUCGUCUCAUGAAAUCUGCCAUCGGCGAGGGAAUGACCCGCAGAGACCACUCGGACGUUUCCAACCAGCUUUAUGCGUGUUAUGCCAUAGGGAAGGACGUCCAGGCCAUGAAGGCGGUGGUGGGGGAGGAGGCUCUGACGGCCGAUGACCUGCUCUAUCUGGAGUUUCUGACCAAGUUUGAGAAAAACUUCAUCGCCCAAGGUGCCUACGAGAACCGCAGCGUGUUUGAGACUCUGGACGUCGGCUGGCAGCUCAUGAGGAUCUUCCCCAAAGAGAUGCUGAAGAGGAUCCCUCAGAGCACCUUAGCCGACUUUUACCCCCGAGAGGCCAAACAUUAAGCCUGUCCUCCACCUGUCCUCCACCUGUCCCGCCGCUUCCUGUGACGUCUCGCUGCUCACAUCCAGUAAAGUGUUGUACCGUCACACGUGACGCGACGCUGUAAACCUCUCGUAAAGACACUCGUGACACAUCGACAUUCCUGCUUCAACUACCAGAAACUCCGGGAGGGAAAUCUGACGGCGUCCCGCUGAGGGGACAGAGCGAGUCAGGAGUUCAUGUCUUUAGCGUCUCAGCGAUGGCGAUGACCACAUUUGGAUCAUCGAAAUCGUCCUUCCUUUCACGGACUUUUGGACUCAAAGUUGACGGCGGCAUCUUGGGAAAUACGCUUAUUCCCUUGAUGGCUUUCCGACACGAAAGCGUUUAAGCAGCGAGUCAUCGUGUUAUAGUCUGUUUAUUGCAUGUUGAUGUUUUAACGUGUUUAUCCGUGAGCUUCAGAGGAGCUCUGAGGUGGGUUCUGGUGCCUUCAGACACCGAAAAAUGUCUUAAAUUCCUACAAAUAUCCUUAAAUCCAAGAA